UCCCGGCCGGGCCGGCGAUUCAUUCAAAAGGCGCGCAGGCUGCGCGGCCGGCCCGGAGCGCUCGCCUAGCGGGGCCCAGCGCCGCGUCGGACGCUGAGCGAAGCUGGUGCUGCUGGCCAGCGGUUCUGCGAGGUGGUGACUGUUAUAGAGGGAGUAACUGAGGCCCAGAGAACCACAGUGGCUUGUCCAAGGUCACAUAGAGUCAGGACAGUGCCAGGACUGGAAUUCAAGCCUUCUGACUGUAAGGUGCUUGGAGAGGAUCACACUUUCCUGGUCAGUGUCACUCCAGGGCCUGACGAUGAAGCGGACCUUGCCGUGCUGGCCCCUGUCUUGCCUCUUUGUGCUGCUGCCCUGGCCCCUGGCCACUCCAACACCAAUAACUCCUUGGCUGUGUCCACCUGGCAAGGAGCCUGACCUGGAUCCAGGGCAGGGCACAUUAUGCAGAACUUGCCCCCCAGGCACCUUUUCAGCCUCAUGGGACUCCUAUCCAUGCCAGCCUCAUCUCCACUGCAGCCUCCAAAAGAGGUUGGAGGUCCAGGCUGGCACAGCAACCCAUGAUACAAUGUGUGGAGACUGCCAGCAUGGGGACAAGUGUUUACUUCUGGACCUCAGUGACAUCUUCCCUCCCUGCAGGUGGUUUGGGCCACAGGGAGUUCCUCAUGUCCCAUGUCAGCCAUGUUCCAAGGCACCUCCAGGCACUGGUGGCUGUGAUGAGGCGGGGCGGCGGGGCCGGCGUGGCGUCGAAGUGGCAGCAGGUUCCGGCAGCAGUGGUGAACCUCGGCAGCCCGGGAACGGCACUCGGGCAGGCGCUCCUGAGGAGACAGCUGCCCAGUAUGCAGUGAUUGCCAUCGUUCCUGUCUUUUGUCUCAUGGGGCUUCUGGGCAUCCUGGUGUGCAACCUGCUCAAGCGGAAGGGUUACCAUUGCACCGCCCAAAAGGAAGUCGGGCCCAGCACUGGGGGAGGAGGCAGCGGGAUCAAUCCUGCCUACAGGACAGAGGAUGCCAAUGAGGACACUAUUGGAGUCCUGGUGCGCCUGAUCACAGAGAAGAAAGAGAAUGCAGCGGCCCUGGAGGAGCUGUUGAAAGAAUAUCACAGCAAACAGCUGGUACAGACAGGCCACAAGCCUGUGCCCAGGCUGUUGCCAGCCUCCCCCAGCAUGCCACACAUCUGCCCACAUCACCACCACCUCCACACUGUGCAGGGCCUGGCCUCUCUCUCUGGCCCCUGCUGCUCCCGUUGUAGCCAGAAGUGGCCAGAAGUGCUGUUAUCUCCUGAGGCAGCAGCUGCCACCACUCCUGCUCCCACUCUUCUGCCUACUGCAUCCAGGGCUCCCAAGGCUAGUGCCAAGCCAGGACGGCAGGGCGAGAUUACCAUCUUGUCUGUGGGCAGGUUCCGUGUGGCUCGUAUUCCUGAGCAGCGGACCAGUUCAUUGUUAUCUGAGGUGAAGACCAUCACAGAGGCUGGACCUUCAGAGGGUGAUCUCCCUGACUCCCCACAGCCUGGUCUUCCUCCCGAGCAGCGGGCACUGCUGGGAAGUGGUGGAAGUCAUCCUAAGUGGUUGAAGCCCCCAGCAGAGAACAAGGCUGAGGAAAACCGCUAUGUGGUCCGGCUAAGUGAAAGCAACCUGGUCAUCUGAUGGGCUGUCUAGAAUUAGACACUCUGCCCUGUCCUGGGAGGUUCUGAAGGCUUCCUGCAGGAGGGAGAGCUGCAGCUGGGACUGAGGACCAAGAUGCAAAGGCCAAGUCCUGGAGGUGGGACCGUCCGCCCCACUGAGGAGGCAGCCUGCGGCACAGCACGCGAGCAGGAGAUCAAGAGCCCAUCCUAUCCCUGCAGCCCUGGUUACUUCCAUGCAGGGUGCUGCAACCCUGUGCCCGCCCUGAACAUAUCAUAGGAGCCCUCUGUCCCUUAGAGGUCUGGUUUGGUGAAAGAGUGGUAUCUGUACCUGGUCCCCAGCUUGUGCCUUGGGAACUAGCCACUCUUGCCCAUGUCCUGGAACCUGGAUGUGACUCCCUCUCUUUUGGCAGGCCCUAUAAAGGGAAGGGGGUAGCAAAGAGCCCUGUACUGGUGGCAGAGUCCCUGGGUUCCAAUCCUGGGCUUGUCCGUAGGUACUGACUAUGACACUGGGGGAGGAGAGCUCAGUCCCAGGACUUCUCCAGCUCUUUGCAGAUUCUGGGCUGAGUCCUGUUGGGGGGAGCUUGACUUGCUAUCCUCCCAUUAGUAGCUUUAUCUGGCCUGUUUUUGCUGCUUCCUGGGUCUUGGCCUUCAUGGGUCCCAUGGGACUAUGAUGGUGAUGCCUACAGAAGGGGCUUAAUGCAUGUGCCUGCCCCUACUCUGCUAUUUUUAAUGAAACUGAAAAAUGACUUGACUUGGACAGGGCGCUCUGGUGCAGAGCCUCAGUCCACCCUGCUGCCCUCAAGCUCUGGAGCUGUGGCAAGAGCAUCCUGGCGGGCUAGAGAGUGCCUGUGGCUUGUGGUUUUCCAUGCCCCUGUGGUACAGUGUCUGCCUGAGUUUUGGGAAGCAGGAGUGACUGCCAAUCCAGCCUGUCCUAGUCUCUGCUCUGGCUCAGUGCCUGGUUAUUUAUGUGGGGCCGUGCAGGCGCGGGGCCCACUGCCCAUCCCAUUUCUUAUUUAUUGAAACCUGCUGUUGCCCUGCCCUACAUCCAGCCCCACACAUUUGAGUAAUAAAAGGUGGAAAAUGUC